UCCAAUUUUCUAUCUAAAUCUUCUUCCAUAGAUUUAUGCUGAAGAAAUUUGUAUCCAAUCUUCAAUUAUCUUGUUGGGUUCAAUCUACGGAGAAAUAAAGAUUUUAGGUGAAGUGAGUCCAAACAAAAAAAUCCAAUCAGACAUGGGAAGGAGAAAAAGGGUUUUAGAUGAAGUGAUUCCAAGCAGAAAAAACAAAUCAGUCAUGGAUUCAACAGCUAAUGAGCAAAUUGACCUGCGGCCUCAAUUUGGGGCCACAAACUCUGCUGAUGUAAGAUUACGAAUAUUUGGCCCAAACAGAGAAGAGUAUGAUGGAAAUCCUCUUCGCCUUCAUUCUCAAACUCUUCAAACUUCGGAACUUUUUAAGGCUUUGUUAUCAGAGCGCUGGUCUUCUCUCCGUUUUUCCAAUGUGGAUGAAUGCCUGGCAAUUCUAUCUGUUGCUUCGGAAUUGUUAGUGGAUAAACAGAACAAUAACUAUUUAGAAUUUGUCAGAGAGAAUAUCAAAGCAAUGCUAUAUUUUCUUGCCAGUUGUGACUGUGCCGACGAUAAACAACCAAUUAUUAGAGAAGCGGUGGGCAAAUUUAUAGUAGAAAAUUUGCAAGAAGAUGAAUCUUCAGGCAUCGCAGAAAUGUGCAGGCAUAUCAUUUUAGAGGAAUUUAAAGCUAACAUUGCAAUUGCCGUGACAUCAAAUGCUGAAACAAAUCCGGCAGAUGGGGAGCAUUCUUAUUUUGCCCUGCUGUGGCCCUUUACUCUAAUUGAGCGCUGCGACGGGACGACAAUGGAAGGCGCAGUGAAGAUAUUAUGUGAAGAAAUGAAACUUGCCCACAUAAUAAUGCAACCGCAAAAGCAUUAUACUGCAAGCAGGUACAGAAAAAUCAUGCUGCCAAUUCUGCUGGGAUGUCUGGACGCUCUGGCAAACGGGAAGAUAAUUGUUGAACGAAAACUUCGUGUUGGUUUCCUUACAAUAUGGUUACCAGUAAUGGCACGAUUGCUUUGUCCAAAUCUGUAUUUCAACCACAUCAGUGAUGAUCAUGUUUUGAAGACCCGGCUUUGCAGAGGAGUGAGCAAUGUGGUGGAAACCCUCCCUUUCGCUGAUUGGAGAGGCAUUUACAAUAUUUGGAUAGAUUGCUGCGCCAAAUAUUAUAUUGACUUAAGGAUACCGUUUGCUUCUGGGUGCAAGGUACUGCAGGAACAUAAGUGAAAGGAUUUUUGUUUUAUAAAACAUUUGAAUAAUAUAUUAUCAUAUCAGAAAUGCAAUUAUUUUUGUCAA